AUGAGUGUACCUGUCUCCAUUCAGCAGAAGGAUCGGCUAAAGAAGACAGCCUUUUUCUUUGCUGGACUGGGUCAUUUACAGCCUAUGUUACUGGCAGCUACUAACUCUGACUACUUGCUUGACAGGUUCCUUCUCGAGAGACGUUGUUCCAAUGAGUAUGUUUCCAGGACAAUCACCUCACUCAUCUUCAUAGAGGUCUUGGCAACUAUUCUCAUGGGAGGUUUUGCAGUGCUCUUAGGGUUAUAUAAAUUCAUACCUGAGGGAAAGAAUGAAGAGGAUUUUAGAGGAUAUCUCACAGUUGGUAUACAGUGGAUCAUCUUAAUGGGAUACUUCCAAGUGCUCAGGGCUUUUACGUCAGGUGGAGAAGAGGGACACAUUCAAUGGUUCUACUAUUCUCUACUAUUUCAACACUUCUUUACCUGUAUCAUAGGAGCAGGUAUUGGAUUUAUAGAUGUUGACAGGGCACUAUGGUACCUUAUGAAUAUCCCUGUAUCACCUGUCAUCAUCUUCUUGUACCAGAUGCUAAUCCAUAUGUGGUUUAGAGACUAUAGACCUAGGGAUAUUGGGUAUUUUGUGGUCAAGAAUCAGAUAUGGUUGGGACUUAUCAAUUCGUGUAUAACAACAGUACUGUGGACCGUAGCCUACUUUCCUGGACUUAUACCAGAUGAUAAAGAUGAUGGAGUAACCAUUAAGCUCUCAGAGAACAAAAGGGAAAAUUGUGGAAAUACUACAUAUCCUGCUUCUAAUGGAACUAGUAAGACUAUUCAAGUUACACUCACGAUCGAAGAAGAGGAGUUGAAGAAAGAGCUCCAGAAGAAAAGCUGGAAGACAUCUUUGGGAGAUUUCUCGGAAACCUCGACAAAGAGGAAGAACCUCUUGAAGAGGAGGAAGUGGAAAACGAGCUCGAAUUCUCUCGCGACAAAGUAA